AUGGUACUUAUCGCCAAACUUCUCACUCUGGCUUUAACUGCUGCCGCUACCCCUAUCCUUCGCCGCGACGCAAGCAAAGUCGAAGCCGAUAUAAACCAGAUAAUUGCCCCGGGGUUUGAAACUCUUUACAAUGACGUUGAUGCUUUCCCCUCUAGUGGUUCAGCCGGGGCUGUGGCUAUCGACAACGAUUUCCAGAAUCUUGUUUCUUCGGUGAAUCAUGCAACUACCGAUAUCAACAGCGCCGGCUCCCGGGAUGAACAAGCUGGACUCGCUAUUCUUCAGGACGUCAGAAAAGUGGUAAUCGCAAGCCUUUGGGGCGUAUUAAGUACGCUUGAAGAUCAAGCAACUGCUUGGUCAAGUGUUCCAGGUGGAGCAGAUCUAGUACUCAACGAUCUCCACACUCUCCACACGGCCUUCGACAAUUUCGCUGAUGCAUUGAUAACGAACGUACCCGUUUCUGUCAACAACCAAGCUACCUCAGCCAAGUCUGAUAUCGAUAGUAUUUUUAACUCUGCCGAAGCCGCCUUCUCCUAG